CCCUUCUCGGGUGGAAACGUGGCUUUGCCAACGGCGCGGGCAGAGAUGAGGACGGCGGAGGACUCAAAUGGGACGGUCCUGCACCGCCUGAUCCAGGAGCAGCUGCGCUAUGGGAACCUCACGGAGAACCGCACGCUGCUGGCCAUCCAGCAGCAGGCCCUGCGUGGCAGUGCCGGGGGUUCCGGCAGCCCCCGCUCCUCCCUGGAGAGCCUCAGCCCAGAGGAGAGCCAAAUGGUUCAGCAAUCCACACGGCAGGAGCCCCAGGGCCAGGAGCAUCACUCCGACCACGUCUACUUGGAGAACAGCGUUUAUCGGCUCUGCCAACCCCAGCACAAGGGCGAGGAGCUCCCGACCUACGAGGAGGCCAAGGCGCAUUCCCAGUACUAUGCCUUGCAGCGGGGCGGCCAGCAGCCUGGAGGGGCCAGCCUGGGAAUUUGGGGUGAAAACAGUCCGCGUGGGGCCGAGAGCAGCGCCCGACGCCCCGAUGAGGGGCUGAAGGACCUGAAGCAUGGCCAUGUGCGGUCGCUGAGCGAGCGGCUGAUGCGGAUGUCGCUGGAGAGGAAUGGGGCCAAAGCACAGAGCCCCAUCAGCGCCUCCCACAGCUACCCCCAGCUCUCCCGCCACCACCAGCUUGCUGCCCUCCGAGGGCAGCACCCUGAGGGGCUGGAGCCACGAGGACCCCCCCCGGAGUAUCCCUACGUCAUCCCAUCCCAGGACGCUUACCUGGCCGAACCCCAACCCUGCUCCCGGGAAGGUCCUGGAUUUCAGCAUCCUGAAAUCAGGGUGCUGCCCACCCACGUCCCCACCGCUUUCCUGCCGCCGUCGGGUGCCCUCUGCCCAGGCACGCUAGGUUCCGCCAGUGUGGAGGCACUGGUGAGCGUCCAGGCGGUCUCGGCCAGCAGCCGCCUGGCCCGGGCAGACGCAGUCCUGCGGGAGAACGAGAGGCUCCAGCGGGAGAGUGAGAAGCUGCGGCGGGAGCUGGAGAGCUGUGCUGAGAAGGCGAGCCGCAUCCAGAAGCUGGAGAGUGAGAUCCAGCGCAUCUCAGAGGAUUACGAAAACCUUGUCAAGGCAUCUUCCAAGCGGGAAGCCUUGGAGAAAGCCAUGAGGAACAAGAGAGACGGCGAGAUGCGACGGCUCCAGGACUUUAACCGAGACCUCAAAGAGCGGUUGGAAUCGGCGAACAAGCAGCUGGCCAGCAAGACCCAGGAAAGCCAGGAGAGCAACCAGGGCAGCGUGGCCAAACUCCUGGCACAGAGCUACGAGCACCAGCAGGAGAAGGAGAAGCUGGAACGGGAGGUCUCCCUGCUGCGCAGCGCCAACGAGGACCAGCGGCAGCGGGCAGAGCUGCUGGGGCAGGGGGCGGGGCGGAGGCAGGCGGGCACCACGGGCGGGGGGACACCGGAGCUGAGUGCUCACACACUCUCCGAGCAGCUGAGGGAGAAAGAGGAGAAGAUCCUGGCCCUGGAGGCUGACAUGACCAAGUGGGAGCAGAAGUACCUGGAGGAGUGCACCAUGCGGCAGUUUGCCAUGGAUGCGGCAGCCACCGCAGCCGCCCAGCGGGACACCACCCUCAUCAGCCAUUCCCCGCGGCAUUCCCCCAACAGCAGCUUCAACGAGGACCUCCUCCUGGCCAGCCACAAGCACCAGGAGAUGGAGAACAGGUUAAAAGUCCUUCACGCCCAAAUCCUGGAGAAGGACGCUGUCAUCAAGGUCCUGCAGCAGCGCUCACGGAGGGACCCCAGCAAAGCCCUCCAGGGCUCCCUGCGGCCAGCCAAGUCCGUGCCCUCCGUCUUCGCCGCCUCCGCCGCCCCGAGCUGGCCAGGGGCUGGCCAGAGUGACCGGUUGGCCGAGGGCAGCUCCCUGAGCAGCACAGCAGGCAAAGCCACUGCCGAAGGGACAGCAGCACCCGCUGCCCUCCCCCUGCCCUCCCACUCCAAGCAUGGCAGCAAGGAUGGCAGCACGCAGACGGAUGGGGUGGCCGAGAGCAGCGGCCAGGGUGAGGCCACUGAGUGCCAGGCCGGUUUGCUGGAGAGCUCGGCCGCUGCCAGAGCCCUGGACCUGUCUGACAUGGUGGAGAUCCUGAUUUAAGGCCACCCAGGGGCUGCACACUGGCCCCUCUGCCCUCCCUGCCUGCUGCACAGGCAGAGCUGCCCUGCCUGCACCUGCCCGGGACAGAGGAGCCUGCGGGAAGGAGGACCGAGCCUGGAGCUCAGCGGCGUCCCCGCGGCUGGUGGCUGGAGGGCCACCAUCCCCGCUCAGCACCUGCAUGGGUCCCCAGCUGUGUGGGGAGCGCUGGAGCCCCGGGACCCCGCAAGCGGCGGCGGGGGCUCGCGACCCUUCUGUAAAUACACUUGGGUUUUGUACGACGGAAGCAAAUGUAUUUAUCGUUUCUGCCUCUUCUCCUUCCCGAGUUGGGGGGUUUCUUCCCAUCCUCUUCCUUGUUGGCUCCAUCCUCAUCGCGGCUCCAAUCCCAUCCCACUCCUGGGUCUUGGUCAUCCACAUCCACUGAAGCGCUUGGACUCCAACUGGAAUUUCCCGCUCUGCUCGCCCGAACUGUACCCACAAGCUGAUGUCUCUGUGCGAGGGCAGAGCCGGGAGGGAUCCUCCGUAGGUCCCAUUGACUGCCCAGAUCCACGUGGCCAAGCCGAGCACCGGGAGCCCCAAACCUCCAUCAUCUGCAUCUUGCCUCUAGGUUUUCAGCACAGGGUGGUAGUGAAGCAAGAGAGAAAAUGGUAAUCGAGGGAAUGAAAGGCGGAGGAGAAAUCCCCUUGAAGCCAGAGGUGAAACACUCGGAGUGAACUGAGGACGGCUGAUGGAGGCAGUGGGACGUGCUGCCCCUCUUGUGGCUUCAUCCCACCGCCACAUCCCCUGGCUACUGGCAGCUGGCUUCUGCCCAUAGCCAGCGCUGACAUCUCGCUCCUCUGAGCUCGGACACUUCCCGUCCUUGCCCUUCGUGUAUGUGUAUAUAUAUGUAUUUUUUUUCUUUCUUCUUUAAACGUGUGCAUUUGCUGGACAACUGCAUUUUUUAUUUUUCUCUCCCAGACACGUAAAAAAUGCGUUCGGUUCUCGUGCAUUGUUUACAAGGUGGAAAACAAACAAACAAAAAAUUAUGAAAGAGGAAAAAAAAACCCCACAACUUAAUAU